AUGUCGAUCCAGUCUCAAGAUUAUGACACCUCCCAAACAGAUGACGAAAACAGCUGUUUGCUACCGAACGUGGUUGAAAAGACCGGGGCUCACGUCAAAACAGAACAGCUAACAGGCACCUCCUGGUAUGCUUCCAUUUUCCUGGUUGUUAAUGCUGCUCUAGGCGCAGGGCUAUUGAACUUUCCAGAUGCCUACCAUCAGGCAGGGGGCGUGGUCAUUGCCCUGGCUCUGCAGGGGGUAUUUCUGGUGUUUAUUGUUGCUGCGUUACUCAUUCUUGCAUACUGCUCCGACGUGAACUGUACAAACACCUACCAGGGCGUUGUCUUGUCAAUGUGCGGUAGGAGAGCCCACAUGUUAUGUGCAGCCACCAUCAUGUUUUACUGUUUUGGGACCUGUAUUACAUUCCUCAUCAUUAUUGGGGACCAGUGGGACGAAUUUUUUGUGUUUGUGGCAAAGGAGACAUUUUGCAAUGACCACCCAUGGUACAUGAAGAGAGAAGUGACGAUAUGUGUGACAUCUGUAAUUUUUAUCUUACCUCUCUGCUUUCCUAAAAGAAUAGACUUUUUGAAAUAUGUCAGUGCUCUAGGUGUAGUUGGAAUUGUAUAUGUGGCUGUGAUGGUAGUUGUCAAGUAUGUGUUACCUCACACGCCAGCUGAAGGAGUGAGGGCCAGUCCCAAAUCUUGGCUAGAUGUGUUCACUGUUGUUUCUGUGAUAUGUUUUGGAUAUCAGUGCCAUGUCAGCAUUGUCCCCAUAUACGCUUGCCUGGACAAACGGAACAUCAAAGAGUAUUCCAAAACAAUAUCCGUAGCAAUAUUGCUGUGUGUACUGAGUUAUUCAGUGACUGCCACCUGUGGCUACUGGACAUUUGGAGAUCGUGUUAACAGCGACAUACUACUGUCGUACAACCCUGACACAGAGGUCAUUAUUGCUGUCAUUCUAAUUGCCGUGAAAACUUACACAACUUAUCCCAUUCUCAACUUUUGUGGCAGAGCUGCCCUGGAGAGUAUAUGGAUGGACUUGUGUCACACAACUGCAGAGCAGGCUGCCUUAGGAGAGAAGACACGCCGCAUUAUCACCACCCUGAUCUGGUUUAUAGCCACCCUUGUUCUCUCCAUUGUCAUCCCUAACAUCGGGGUCGUCAUUGAUGUACUCGGCUCACUGGCAGCCAUCUUCAUCUUUGUUUUCCCAGGCAUGUGUCUGCUGAAGGCAGUGGAGAUGAGGGAGGGACAGGUAAGGAGUAAGAAAGGCUGGGCCCUGGCAAUCUUCUCCUGUGGCUUCAUUGUGCUUGGUAUGUUUGUCUUUGGGGUGACAGUUACACAAGCCAUUAUGCAAGACAUCAGGGUAGAUAAACCUGCUGUGCCCAUGUGUCCCAUCAACUCUAAUGUGUCAAGUGCACUGACAAUAAGUGGCCUAAUCACCUGAAAAGGGAACAGUGGAUUUACACAGUGUUACAUAUCAUAGUGUUGGAUAUGUCAUUAGACUUAUCUCACAGGUAAAACAAGAGGUCAUCAUAGUUCAAGCCAGAGUGGAAACAAUGUGAAUUUUGUUUGAGACUGUUUUGUAAUGUGAUGUGAUGUGAGGCCCUUGUAUAUUCAUUUCAGCCUCAACCUGUUGGAAGCGAAAACACUGCUAGGUCAUUUUUAGUAUUUUACUUUAUUUUUUAUAAUCUGUAUUACAGAAACAGUCAAAGCUAACAGAGAGAUAUGAAUUUAUAGAUUUACACAUAGUACAUGCAUGUAUACAUCUCAGACAACAAGUAAAUUUAAGUAUACUUUUUGUGAAAACUAAAAUUUUGAGUUUUCCAGAAAAUAUUGCUGAUCAACAUUUUUAAUUUUUGUUUUUAAAAUACGUUUUAAAACUAUGUAUUAAUUUAAAUAAAAAAUCAGUGAGUAAUAUGUAUUGCUAGGCGAUAUUUUGAUUCUUUGUUUUUUUUUACGUAUUUGUACAUAACGAAGUUGAACGGACCUCUAGAAAGCCAGCCAAGUAGGAGUUACUCAUACUAGUACCAUCACUGGCUAAGCAAUUAUUUAUUUCUCGAAAAGGUCAUACCAUAAAAAUCAAAAACAGGAAAAAGAGUUCAGCAUGACACAGGAAACAUAUGUAGAUGUAUAACAUGUAUGUUUUACAUAUAUGUCCGCUUCUAUAUGGGUUUUUUAUUAUAUUUAUUUCAUGUUGGCAGUGACAAUGAUGUAAUAUUAAUUAUUUAGUGUGUGUUAAACAAACUAAUUGUCUGAUGUUUUUUAUGGCAUUAUUUAAGUAAUGCACGGUGAUUGUAAUACAUUAAUCAAGCAUUAAUCUGUAUUAUUUUGAAGGAUCUAACACUGAUUUUAUAAUAUCAGACGUACAUUGUACUUGUAGUACUGUACACAAAUGUCAUGGAAUGUCACACAUACAUGUUUGUCAUCGUCACUGACAUUAAGAAUUCAUAGCCCUUUGCCUCUGUGAACAAGAAUUUAUAUAUUGUAUUGGUAUAUUUUUCUUGAUGUAGUUAAACCCUUUAACUCCUGUGACUGUCGUUAGUCAUUGAUAACAUUGUGAUGGAAGAUAACAUGUACAGGUAUAUUUUUUAUACUGAUUAUUGAUCAUUGUUGAUGGAAAAUACUCAGGCCUUCAUCUGUUACAUUGUAAAGGCAAGCAGAUAAUCAUAUUAACACAAGCACAGUCAGACGUGUUCAUUUGCAGUCUAUAUGUACCAUUUUAUUGUUCUAUAUUUUCACUGCUCAUACAUAUGUGUGGGGUGUUGUGUACCCAUCUAUACUACGUGUUGUGUUGUGUACCUAUCUAUACCGCGAGUUGUGUUGUGUACCCAUCUAUACUGCGCGUUGUGUUGUGUACCCAUCUGUACUACACGUUGUGUUGUGUACCCAUCUAUAUCACGCAUUGUGUUGUGUACCUAUCUAUACUACAUGUUGUGUUGUGUACCUAUCUAUACUACAUGUUGUGUUGUGUACCCAUGUGUACUACACAUUGUGUUGUGUACCCAUCUAUACCACGCACUGUGUUGUGUACCUAUCUAUACUACACGUUGUGUUGCGUACCCAUCUAUACCACACAUUGUGUUGUGUACCCAUCUAUACUACGUGUUGUGUACCCAUCUAUACUAUAUGUUGUGUUCUAUACCCAUCUGUACUACGUGUGGUGUUGUCUACCCAUCUAUACUAUGUGUUGUGUAGUCUACCCAUCUGUACUACGUGUGGUGUUGUC